ACACAACCAAUUGGGCACAAUCCCAUGUGACAUUCUGCCCGCCCACCUGUCAGAUUUUCGCAAAAGGUCGGAAUCUCCCCCUCUCUCCUGCACUGACCCGUGGAGCAGCAGAUUUACGCACGAGCGUUUGGACCACAAACUCAAACCCAUGAAUGCACAAGGAGUUUAAAGGCUGCAACAAACACGAUUUCAGAUGAUAUGCUAGUCUUUUUACCCCCCUCCUCCACUUCCCUUUCUCUCUCUCCUCUUUGUAGGAAGAGCAGGGAUGAUUACGCGCGUCCUCUCUAUCCUCCGAAAAGCCCCACUUCAACCCCACUCCUCUCAGAUUAAAAUCUUGGUUUACCUAAUCUCCGUUGAUCUAAUCUGAUCUAAAUCUGUCUAAUCGGUAUAGUAAAUUACACUCACUAAGGUAUUACCCGCAAAUAAUAAAGAGGAGGUGAAACUGUCUGCAACUUCUCCCUGGAGGGCACGCUCAACACACGCGGGACAAAUUGUUACGCGCCUUUUUUUACAAUUUAGAAAUUGUGCGGGAUUGAAUUGACUUAUUAUUUAUUUAUGAUAUCAUGUGAAGGUUGGCACGCAAAGGAUGCAUGUGCGCUUUGUAUGAAAAAAGGAAAACUGAUUAAGAUUUUUUUGGGGGGGGGUUCUGACACCUUUGUUCGUAUAUAGACGGCGGAGAGCGCAAAAAGGGGGGGGGUAGAGAGACGCACGUACAAAUAGGGAAGGAGAGAGAGAGAGAGAAGGAGGGAGGGAGACAGUCCGGGAUUUCGUUGUAAUCAUGUUCGGAGAGUAUUGAUUUCGUGCGCGCGCUCCAAUUGGCAGCAUCUCUACUACACCGCGCCGGCGCGUCAUCCUCGGCUCCCAUCGAAAAGAACGAGUUGUAGGCAAAUGACAGCAUGCGCGGCGUCUGAGAGAGUGAGAAAGGCGAGGAGGUGACAGGAGGGACCAACAGGACGCGUGAGAGCACGCACUCUUCACAGAAAAAAAUCCUUCUGACAACUGGAUACCAGAUUUUUUUUCUCCUUAAUUUUUUUCUUAUAUAUUUUUUUAUUCAGACAGGGAAAUGAUCGAUUCGUCACAAGCGCACGCCUCUCCGUGAUAAUUGCAGACAGUUGGGUGCUGUUCAGGCUGAAUGGACUUGAAUGUGUCGCUGCCAGCCUAAUCCAGGCAGACUGGAAGAUUUAAUAAUUCACGGUAAUCACGCAUUAUCGCCUCAGUGGAUGCUCUUUGCACAGCUCUACAGAUUUCCCUUUCUUCUUUGCUCCAUUCUUCUUGUAGUCCUGUGGAGGAUUUAUCGACGGCUGCUUGGCUCCUUAUCUGAAAUAUCAUCUGUUGCUGCAAGUGGAUAGAAGCCCCCCCUUCCCUCCACCUCCUAUCCAUGACUGACUCAGACAUGAGAUUUAGUGCGUAAAGGUGAUAUGGAUUGUUAAUUAAACCGGAUUUUUGUUUGUUCCGAAAUUCACCUGCAGUUGAAAAUGGACAAGAAUUUGCUAUUACUUUUAUUACUUCUAUCUCUUCAUGCAAGGCAGUGAUUUUCUUGGAUUCACGAUGAUUGUUCUACUCCCUUGAACGGGCACAGAUUCUGACUUAUAAGGCACAUUUUCACGAGAAGAGGAGACGCUUUUGCUUUUGAUUUCUUCCCAUCUCCGACUAAAUGUUGAUGAUGGAGGACGAAGAAUUAGACGCUCAUCAGGCUGACUCGGAUUUUGAGCCGCAAAGCCGGCCUCGCUCCUGCACCUGGCCGCUGCCUUGCCUGGAGGAUUUCCCCGGUGGACACGAGGUGAGCGGAGGACUUCAGCUGGCCAACAUCAAGGUGGAACCGGAAGACGUGCCGGCGUGCAGAGCCGGGCUCGUUGGCGGCACGCCCGGAGAACUGAAGCAUCCAGCCGGCGCACCGGCACCCACCGGCGGGACGCACCCAUGCCUGGCUGGCGCGGCGCUCGACGUGACCGGAUCCUUGCGCAAAGCCAAGUCCUCGCGGCGGAACGCGUGGGGGAACCAAUCCUACGCGGAUCUCAUUACGCGCGCCAUUGAGAGCACCCCAGAAAAAAGGCUGACGCUGUCACAGAUCUAUGACUGGAUGGUCCGUUAUGUGCCCUAUUUCAAGGAUAAGGGUGACAGCAACAGUUCGGCUGGCUGGAAGAACUCCAUUCGGCACAACCUCUCCCUUCACACCCGUUUCAUCCGGGUACAGAACGAAGGAACAGGAAAAAGUUCAUGGUGGAUGCUGAACCCGGAUGGAGGGAAGAUGGGCAAGGCCCCAAGGAGACGAGCAGUCUCUAUGGAUAACAGUACUAAAUACCUUAAAAGCAAAGGUCGCAUCAGAGGAAAAAGAGUGGGGCGCCCUGGGGUUGGCGCAGGAAAUUCUGUUGUGGGGCUCCAGAGUUCCCCAGACCAUGGCAGCCCAUCACUGAAAAGCCUUUCAGGAGCUGGAGGCACAUCUGGAACAGAUGGAGAGUUUGAUGCUUGGACAGACCUACAUUCCAGGGCCAGCUCAUCAGCUUCCACUCUAAGUGGGCGUUUGUCACCUAUUCUUGCUGAAGGAGAACCGGAAGAACCUGAAGAGGGGGGCCUAUCGUGUUCUGCCUCCCCUCACCUCUACCCCUCACCGACCAGUGCCCGCUCUCCAUCCAUGGCAGCAGGGAAUCAUUGUCCUCCUCUUGAGCAGCUGCCACAGCUGGCUAAUCUCACAGGUGCCAUCAGUUUGGAUGAGCCGAUGAUGGAAGAUGGAUAUCAUCAUCAUCGCUCACAGCAGCAGCAACACCAGCAGCAUCCAGCUGUUGGGAGGCAUAAGCACCAGACGUCGGUGUACCACUACAACUCUGGAUUGAAGGGGCAGGCCUCUUAUGGCGCAGGAUAUGGUGUGACGGGCAUGAGUAUCCUUCACCAUCAUUCACCCAUGCAGACCAUUCAGGAGAACAAGCCAGCCAGUUUCUCUGGAACUAUGCGAGCAUACUCCAGCACAAAUGCGCUGCAAAGUCUAUUAACGGGUGGUUCUGCUGGGCAACAGUACUGUUCCAAGGACAUGAUGAUGGGACAGGAGAGGGAAGGGCAUCCCAUGAUGGGUCAAGCAACAAACGGAACCGGAUCCAACCACAACAGCCACAACCCUGUCCAUCAUAACGACCACAGCCACACUGGAGCUCACAGCCAUAACAGAACUCACAGCCAUACUCCCAAUCAUAACUGCAACAACGUAACCAGCCACAACUCACCUCACAGCCUCGCCCACAACAGUCACAGCCUCAGCCGGAGCCAUAACCACACCCCGCCCCAAGCGGCACCCCUGACCCCACGCGGAAACAGCAAUCAGUUACAGACUUAUAACCACAAAUCCCCCUACCUGUACAGUCCCCCAUCACAUGCCCACCUCCCUGCUUCUACUACUCUCCCACCAAACCCUGCAGGUAUGCUUGGCAUGCCCCAGGACUCCUGCCAUGUGGCCACCACCCCGCACCCACGUCACAAUCAUUACCCGGACUCACAACUCCAGGGCAUGACUAACGGACUAUACCACCAUGCUCAGGGGAUGGGGAACGGUAGUGUCGGUACAAACUACCAUAGCUAUCACCAACCUUACCACGAGAGACUACCAGCUGAUCUGGACAUUGACAUGUUCCAAGGUAGCUUGGACUGUGAUGUGGAGUCGGUACUCCUCCAUGACAUUAUGGACUCCGGAGAAGAGAUGGACUUUAAUUUUGACUGCUCCCUCGCCCAGGGAGUGGGCAUCGGCAUGGGGAUGGGAAUGGGUGUGACUGUGGGCAUGGGGAUGGGCAUGGGCAGUCUAUCUGGUUCGCAGCAAGCCCAUAGCAACCAGAGCUGGGUGCCCGGCUAAAGUCACUGGUGACACAUCGUACGCCCUCUUACCUGACUACCCCACCCAUUAAGCACUGUGUUCAACUGUGACAUUCCUGACUUGACACAGACUAUAGGACCAACAGUCCCUUGUCUUUUUGUUGUCUUUACAUUUGUAUUUUUUUUAAAUCCCCCAUUCAUAGAGAGAUAUGGUUCAUGUCAGAUUACUUUUCUUUAUUUCCAUAUCAGUCGUACUGUGAUGACAAUCUCUCAGCUGUGCUUGCCCAACGUUGCUUCUCAUCUACCAUGAGAACUGAACUUUGAAUGCACUUUAUUGCAAGUGGGUCACAUCUCACGGUGCAAUGCCUUCACAGAGCAGCUCAGGCAGAGCUUGGCAUGUUUUGUAAGGUGGCUACAACAUUUGACAGAAAAGGAAUUCAUAAGCUUCAUAAAUUUAAUUUCAUAAAAUAAUAUUUCCAAAUUUGUACAAACUAUAGUCUACAACUAAUCCAAUGUUAUACACUUUAAUUAACUAAAGUCCAGUUUAGCAGUUUAUUAAUAAUAAAAAAUUACAUAUUUAUAGUUUAUUUAUUUUUAGUUCAAUGAUUUAUAGCUUUCUGCUCAAAGUCCUUGGUGCUUUGACUUUUCUUAUGGGUGCAAUUUUUUAUUUACACCCCAUUGAUAUUGGUCGGAGAAUAUAAUCAGUCAUUAAAUGGAUGCCAUCAUUAGUGGCCGGCAUGCAAUUUGGUGAAUUAAAAUGUUGUAUCACUUUGUCUCACCUGGGCUUCGCAUGCUGGGUUGUCGCUCUCUCCCCCCUGUCCGUUAGUGGAGACAAAGCGACCAUUCUUCACACCAAGCCAUCAAUGUGACCUGAUUGAAAUUCAGCAUCUUGCUUUUAAUCUGCAAAGUGAUGCGGCAGCAAUGUGUCAUCAUUGAGAAUCCAACGCGCUGUCCUCUCUUCUAUCACCCCUGCUUGUCCAGGCCACUGCUUGCCUCUCCAAACGCAUCGCGCCAAAAAGCAGUCAGACAAAAUGGUGAUUAAUGCCAAGUCAAUCUGCCUGCUGUCCUGCACUGCGAAGAGCCAAUCUCACUGUUCGAUGCCUCCUCAGAAAUGGAAAACAAAAGAAAGCUGGAGACAAUGAUAGAACAAAAGCCUGUUGUGUUAGUAAGAUCAUUUUUUUGUUUAGGUUUCCAUGCUUUUUGGAUAUGUGCGUCUAAAACAGGAAGUGAACUGAUAUUGUAAAUCAUCUCCAUUAUCUGUGUUCUGUUUGCUAUACCCUGAGCUUUAAGCACUUCAUCAACAGCAAAGGAGAAAUCUGACAGCAAGUUUGAGCACAUCAUCCAGGGGUUGUAUCGCCACAAAGCCAUCUGCAUCCACAUUUAGUGUAUUUAUUCUGUUGUCUUGUAGUUGCUGUUGUAUUGUUGAAAUUAUAAGGACCGAUGAGGACAUGACUGAGACAUCCAUAUUGUAAGGAUUGCAUUCAUUGGUGAAACGAUGCUGGUAUAGUGCAGUAUGACCUUCCUGAGCUCCAAUAGUGAGCACGUCUAUUAUGUGUGCUCUGCCCAGUUGUUUCUGUGUUUGUGAGUGGGGGAGUCUGCUGCUUGUUUUUCACUGGCCUUCAGAUAAAAAAAGAAAAAAAAAGAG